AAUUUUCUUCCAAUAAUUUUCUCUUUUUGCAAGCGGAAAUAUGAUAACAAUUAAACAUUUUCUAAGCAUUAUAGUAGUAUUUUUUUGGGUGGAUGGUAUGGGAUAGAGACAAUGGCCUGUGCAAGACUGCAAGCAGACAUUCUACCACCAUAUUCUUCUUCUUCCAUCUUCUUUCUUACACUGAUUUUUUCCUAGUUAUUUCGUAAUAGUGCUCAAGAAUCAUCCGCUUAAUUAGCUUUCUGUUUAUUCAACCACAACAAGAAAUUGUAACAGGGUUAGUGUCAAUUUUGUGUAUAGAGAUAUCUUUGGUGAAUUAUUGUGGGGUCAUAGUUCAAACUCAAGCCUUCCCCACCCACAUGGUUGAUGUGUGAUUUAGGGAAUUUAAACACCACUAAGAACUAGGGUUCCUCUCAGAUUCUUUGUCUGGAGUUGGGUUUUUGGUUGGUAGCUGAGAGGAUAAAUCAAAUUCUGUUUAGUAUUAGAAACUGGGAAUCUUGGGAUUCUUUGAUUCUUUUUUGUGGCUGUGUGAAUUUUCUUAUCUUCCUCAAUUCUUCUGGGUUUUCUUUUGCAUUCUGUGUUUGUAGGUAUAGUGUUGGAUAAGGUAGCAUCUUCUCCACAUACACACAGCACCUGUUCCAACUUUUCAAUUUGGAGGGCUUUUUUUCUUCUUUUCUGGUUCAUCCUCUGCUUUUUUAAUUCUUAUUCCAAGUUUUGGUUUUGGUUUGGGGUUUUGUUAGACAGUGCCUGUAGAUUUGACAGAAUUGACAGUGAGUCUCUCUGUCUCUCUGUAGUUUUAGCUGGAAUUAACUAGAAGUAAUACCCAGUUAAACUGGGUGCUCUCUAUUUAGCUGGAAUUGGUUACUGUUUCGAAUGAGUUCGAUCCAUGUAUUAGGGUUUUGGUUAAAGGUGGGGCAUCUGCUUUGGUUGGUAUGUUGCUGGAUGGUUUCUGUGAUUUCCAUGAACUGGUUCGUUAAUGGUGGGAUUCAGGACACCAAGGUUGCUCUCCUUGGUGAUGGUGGAAAGAUGUGGGUCAAAUGGUGGGAGAAGAUCUCAGGAUACAGCCUCAAGAUCCACCACAACUAUUAUCAGUAUAUUGGGUCCAAGAGAGUUACCAAAACAUGGUGGAGAAAGCUCUUAGUCACUUGGGUAAUUUUUUGGAUCAUGGUGUCUCUCUGGAUCUUCUGGUAUAUGAGCUCACAAGCAACUGAAAAGAGGAAGGAGGCACUUGCAAGCAUGUGUGACGAAAGAGCUAGGGUGUUGCAGGAUCAAUUUAAUGUUAGCAUGAAUCAUAUCCAGGCGAUGUCCAUUUUGAUCUCAAUUUUCCACCAUGGAAAGAACCCAUCUGCUAUUGAUCAGAGGACUUUUGCAAGGUACACAGAAAGAACUGCUUUUGAAAGACCCCUCACUAGUGGUGUGGCAUAUGCUGUAAGGGUUCUCCACUCUGAGAGAGAACAAUUUGAGAAGCAACAAGGGUGGACCAUUAAAAGGAUGGAUACACUUGAACAAAAUCAAGUCCACGAGGAUGAGUAUGCUUCAGAAGCCUCGGAACGAUCCCCAAUUCAGGAAGAAUAUGCUCCUGUUAUAUUUGCACAGGAUACCAUUGCACAUGUGGUUUCACUGGAUAUGCUGUCUGGAAAGGAAGACCGUGAAAAUGUCUUACGUGCAAGAGAAUCAGGAAAAGGAGUGCUAACUGCUCCAUUCAGGUUAAUCAAAACGAAACGUCUUGGAGUUAUCUUGACAUUUGCAGUCUAUAAGAGAGAUCUCCCCUCAAAUGCAACUCCAAAUGAGAGGAUUCAAGCAACUGAUGGGUACCUUGGUGGUGUCUUUGAUAUUGAAUCACUUGUUGAGAAGUUAAUUCAACAGCUUGCUAGCAAACAAACCAUCCUUGUAAAUGUGUUUGACACUACCAACUACUCUCAUCCUAUCAGCAUGUAUGGUUCAAAUGUAUUUAUAGAUGGGAUGGAGCAUGUUAGUCACCUCAACUUUGGAGAUCCUUUCAGAAAGCAUGAAAUGCGAUGCAGGUUUAAUCAUAAGCCGCCAUGGCCAUGGCUAGCAAUGACAACUUCAAUUGGCAUCCUUGUGAUUGCAUUGCUCAUUGGCCAUAUAUUCCAUGCAACCGUUAAUCGAAUUGCCAAAGUUGAAGACGAUUGCCAUAAGAUGAUGGAGCUCAAAAAACAAGCAGAGGCUGCUGAUGUUGCAAAAUCACAGUUCCUUGCCACUGUUUCCCAUGAGAUUCGAACCCCAAUGAAUGGUGUUCUAGGAAUGUUGCAUAUGCUUAUGGACACAGAUUUAGAUGUAACACAACAAGAAUACGUCCGAACUGCACAGGCUAGUGGUAAAGCUUUGGUCUCCCUUAUAAAUCAGGUUUUGGAUCAGGCCAAAAUUGAAUCUGGUAAGCUUGAGCUUGAGGAAGUGCUGUUCGAUCUCAGAGCAGUUCUGGAUGAAGUGUUGUCACUUUUUUCUGGGAAGUCGCAGGAAAAAGGAGUAGAGCUAGCAGUUUACAUUUCUGAUCAAGUUCCUGAAACGCUAAUUGGUGAUCCUGGGAGAUUUCGUCAAAUCAUCACCAAUCUCAUGGGGAACUCAAUUAAAUUUACUCAUAAGGGACACAUUUUUGUUACUGUCCAUCUUGUUGAGGAGGUAAUUGACUCGAUAGAAGUGGAGACAGAAUCAUCAUCGAAAAACACUUUAAGUGGUUUGCCUGUUGGAGAUAGACAGCACAGCUGGAAAGGUUUUAGAGCUUUCAGUCAAGAUAGCUCCAUUCCUUCAGUCACUUCAUCAACCUGCAAUAGUGUUAAUAUAAUUGUAUCAGUGGAGGACACGGGGGAUGGAAUUCCACUGGAAGCACAGCCUCGCAUUUUUACGCCUUUUAUGCAGGUUGGUCCAUCCAUUUCCCGAUGUGGAGGCACAGGGAUUGGGCUAAGCAUAAGCAAAUGUUUGGUUGGCCUCAUGAAAGGGGAAAUUGGAUUUGUAAGCAUACCAAAAACUGGUUCAACCUUUACAUUCACUGCCAUUUUCACUAAUGGCUGCUCCAAUUCAAAUGAGUACAAAGGCCAGCAAGUCAAAAACCAGUCUAACUCUAUGUCUUCUGAGUUUCAAGGCAUGAGAGCAGUGGUUGUGGACAACCGAUCUGUCCGUGCCAAGGUGUCAAGAUAUCAUAUCCAACGGCUUGGAAUUAAUGUUGAAAUGGUUACUGAUUUCAAUAAAGGUUUAUCCAGUAUAGUGAGGGCAAAUGCUGUUCCCCACAUGGUUUUUAUUGAACAGGAAGUUUGGGACAAGAAUCUGAGUGCUUCAAAUCACUUCAGUGAUAGUUUACAAAAAAUUGAUCAUGGAGUUCCUCCAAAACUGUUUCUUUUGGGUAACUCUAUCAGCUCUUCCAGAGCAAAUCCAACAUCAUCUGGUAUUUAUUGCCCAAGUGUAAUUAUGAAGCCUCUAAGGGCUAGUAUGCUAGCUGCAUCUUUACAACGAGCCAUGGGUGUUGGGAACAAGGGGAAUCUCCGUAAUGGGGAGCUACCUAGCCUGCCACUCCGUAAUCUUCUUCUUGGAAGAAAAAUUCUAAUUGUUGAUGACAAUGAUGUGAACCGCAAAGUAGCUGCUGGUGCUUUGAGAAAAUAUGGAGCUGAUGUGGUUACUGCUGAGAGUGGAGCAAGGGCUAUUUCACUGCUUAUGCCACCCCACCACUUUGAUGCAUGUUUCAUGGAUAUCCAGAUGCCAGAAAUGGAUGGGUUUGAAGCUACCAGGACAAUUCGGGAUAUGGAACAAAAUGUAAACAACCGCAUUCAACAUGGAGAACUGUCAAUUGAAGUGUGCAACAAUGUUUCAAGUUGGCAUGUGCCUAUUUUAGCCAUGACAGCAGAUGUAAUACAUGCCACAAAUGAGGAAUGUCUAAAAUGUGGAAUGGAUGGAUAUGUGUCUAAGCCAUUUGAAGCUGAGCAACUGUAUAGGGAAGUUUCACGCUUUUUUUAAUCAGCAUCAAAUAGGAAUCAAUAGAAAUGACUCUGUUGAAGACAUGCUGAUAGCAUGAGCAAGAGCACCUGCUUUUCAGGAUUGCAUUGGAAGAUGCUUAAAUAAAUACAGAUGUUUCCCAAGAGAAAACGUUUGUUCUGUGGCAGAGAGUACAUAGAAGGAUAUGCUAAUUCAUCGGGAUUUAGUUUUCUCAUUUUUGUGAAGCAGAUAGCAAAGCAAAGCUUCGUCAUUUUUGCAUGUAAACCUGAGCUCAUGAUUCGCAUCUCCGUACCAUGCCUUGCUUCAGGGUUGGUAAAAUUAAAAAUUCCUGUGCAUAUGGUAAAAUUCUUUGGUACGACUUUGAAUUCAGAAUGACCCCUUGGAGAUGGAUGGACGGAUGGAAGAAAUUCUCUUUCUUUGCUGUAUGAUAGAAUUUUGUCCUCCUAAGUAGUAAUAAAAACUGCAAGAAACAGGAAGAGGGCUGAGCUUUCUCUUCCUUUGGAUGUUGUUGAUUGUAUCAGAGGCUUGUUGAAUAGCAGUAGUUGGGAACACCAUGUAUAUUAAACAUAAGAAAGAUAAUAUAUUUUGUAUCUACAAAAAGGCGAGGCCGCGGGGGAACUGAUGGAAAGUUUUCCCAUUCUUUAGGAACCGAAGCCUGGACCUGGAAGUCUGAAUUUGUUCUUUUUAUUUAAAUAAUUAUGUGAGUUGUUGUACACAUUUAAUCUUUUGAUGCUACGUGUUCGGUAUGUGUUCAAAAUUGCUCAAAAAUUAUUAACUUUAAAAUACACAAAAAUUAUUUUG